AUGAAUCCACUGUUAGAGGCUAAAGUUGUAAUUCUAGGAAGUCAAGGAGUUGGAAAGACCUCGUUGGUAGUUCGUUAUACACAAAAAACCUUUUCACCGAAUGCAUCUUCAACAAUUGGAGCCUCUUUUAAUGCAAAAAAACUUGUUGUUGAUAAUUGUAAAGUACGACUUCAAAUAUGGGAUACGGCGGGACAAGAACGGUUUCGGUCAAUGGCUCCAAUGUAUUAUCGUGGGGCUAAUGCAGCGAUACUAGUGUAUGAUAUAACAUCAGAGCAAAGUUUCCUAGAUAUGAAUUCUUGGAUUGAAGAACUACGCAAAAAUAUGACGGAAGAUUUAAUAAUACAUGUAGUAGGCAAUAAAGUAGAUUUAGCACCAUCACAACGAGUCAUACCCCUUAAACGAACUCAAGAUUACGUUGCUCGUGUUCUGGGCGAUAAUUGUGGUGUGCAUGAAGUAUCUGCAAAAGAUGAUAAAGGAAUAGAAGAACUAUUUCUUCAAAUAACUCGACACCUAGUCGAACGUAAAAAUGAGCUUGAACGAGGCCCAAAACCAAUAAUAAGCCAGCCUCAUAAUUUCAGAUACCAACCAAACCACCAAACCGAUAACUCGGUAUCAUGUUGCUAUUCAUGA